AUGUUUGAUGUCUAUAAAGAAGUAGGAAUGUCAUUAGAUGAUAAGUGGGUUGGAUUUGUGUUAGAUAGUGUUGAUCAUGAUCCUGAAUUACAAGGAAAGAUUAUAACAGUACUUUGCAUGGCACAUCAAACUAAUUUAUUAGUUAAAAAGAUUAUUAAAUCUAAACAAUUCGAACCUAUAAUCUCAAAUAUGCUUCAUAUUAUUAAUCAUUUCUAUAACUCAAAUCAGGCCCUAGCUAAGCUAAGAGAGUUAGAAGAAAAUAAAAACUUAACUUCAAAAUAUCCCUGUAAAGCAGAUAAAAUUAGUUCAACAUCAACAAUUAAUAUGCUAGAUAAAGAUGAUGAAUUAGAUGACUAUGAUUAUGAAGUAGAUGAAAUAAUAAGUAAUUUAGAAGAAGUUUCUUUAAAAAUUAUUAAUGAUAUAGAAAAUUUAGAUCCAGAUAAUUGA